AAGCUCACUCUUCCUGACACUUUCCAAACCAAAUCCAAAAAGCAAAGAAAAAAGAAAAGAGGAGAGAAAGAGAGAGUAGCAUUUCUUUGGCUGCUAUCAAAUGGCAAGCAAAACCCAAAUCCAAGACAAUGGAUUUAAGCCAAACGGAGAACAUUCAUCGGCAGCAGAAGAGCAUGAAAGAUGUUCAGUGGAGGAAGUGGCAUUAGUAGUACCAGAAACAGACGAUCCAACACUUCCAGUGAUGACAUUUCGUGCAUGGUUUCUCGGUUUAACAUCAUGCGUGCUUUUGAUAUUCCUGAACACUUUCUUUACUUAUCGUACACAGCCACUAACCAUCUCAGCUAUCCUCAUGCAAAUUGGUGUCCUUCCCAUUGGCAAGUUCAUGGCUAAAGCUCUACCCACUAAACAGUAUAAGAUUUUUGGUUGGGGUUUUAGUUUGAAUCCUGGUCCUUUCAAUAUUAAAGAACAUGUCAUCAUUACUAUUUUUGCUAAUUGUGGUGUUUCUUUUGGGGGUGGCGAUGCUUACUCCAUUGGUGCUAUUACUGUUAUGAAGGCUUAUUAUAAGCAGAGCUUAAAUUUCCUUUGUGCUCUCCUUAUUGUCUUGACUACUCAGAUAUUGGGUUAUGGAUGGGCUGGAAUGCUUAGGAGAUAUCUGGUUGAUCCUGUUGAGAUGUGGUGGCCUGCAAAUCUUGCUCAGGUUUCUCUAUUCAGAGCACUCCAUGAAAAGGACCCCAAAAGUAAAGGCAUGACUCGGAUGCGAUUCUUCCUUUUAGUGAUGAUAGCAAGCUUUCUUUAUUAUGCACUUCCGGGCUACUUGUUCCCAAUAUUGACAUUUUUCUCAUGGGUCUGCUGGGCAUGGCCUCAUAGCAUCACUGCUCAACAACUAGGGUCAGGUUACCAUGGACUCGGAAUCGGUGCCUUCACCCUUGAUUGGGCUGGGAUUUCAGCAUAUCAUGGCAGCCCGCUGGUGACUCCCUGGUCAUCCAUUCUCAAUGUUGCUGUUGGCUUUGUCAUGUUUAUCUACAUAAUAGUGCCUCUAUGCUAUUGGAAGUUUAACACUUUUGAUGCUCGGAAGUUUCCAAUAUUUUCUAAUCAGCUGUUCACUACUAGUGGACACAAAUACGACACCACAAAAAUCUUGACCCCAGAUUAUGAGCUGAACGUUCCUGCUUAUAAUAGCUAUAGUAAGCUCUAUCUCAGCCCUCUGUUUGCCCUGUCGAUUGGAUCAGGAUUUGCAAGAUUUACGGCAACUCUUACUCAUGUGGCUCUGUUUCAUGGAAGUGAUAUUUGGAGGCAAAGCAGGUCAGCAAUGAAGAAUGCAAAACUGGAUAUUCAUGCAAAAUUGAUGAAAUCUUACAAACAAGUGCCUGAAUGGUGGUUCUUCAUUCUUUUGAUAGGAAGCAUUGUCCUUUCUUUAUUAAUGUCAUUUGUGUGGAAAAGUGACGUGCAGCUGCCAUGGUGGGGUAUGCUCUUUGCCUUUGGCAUGGCUUGGAUUGUUACUCUUCCCAUUGGGGUCAUUCAAGCAACUACCAACCAGCAACCUGGAUACGACAUAAUAGCACAGUUCAUAAUUGGGUAUAUCUUACCAGGAAAACCUAUUGCAAACCUGCUUUUCAAGAUUUAUGGACGAAUUAGCACUAUCCAUGCUCUUUCUUUCUUAUCUGACCUUAAACUUGGGCAUUAUAUGAAAAUACCACCACGGUGCAUGUACGUUGCUCAGUUGGUGGGAACUUUGAUAGCUGGUACAGUCAAUCUUGCAGUUGCAUGGUGGAUGCUGGAGAAUGUUGAGAAUAUUUGUGAUAUUGAAGCACUCCAUCCUGAAAGUCCUUGGACAUGUCCCAAAUACCGAGUCACUUUUGAUGCUUCUGUCAUCUGGGGCCUGAUUGGACCAAGACGACUCUUUGGACCCGGAGGAUUGUACAGGAAUUUGGUUUGGUUAUUCCUUAUUGGUGCUUUCUUGCCAGUUCCUAUUUGGAUACUGAGUAAAAUGUUCCCUGAAAAGAAGUGGAUUCCGUUGAUAAAUAUACCGGUUAUAUCAUACGGCUUUGCGGGAAUGCCACCUGCAACUCCCACAAACAUAGCAAGUUGGCUUGUCACUGGAACAAUCUUCAAUUAUUUUGUAUUCCGAUAUCACAAACGCUGGUGGCAGAAAUAUAAUUACGUCCUCUCUGCAGCACUGGAUGCUGGUACUGCAUUUAUGGGUGUACUAUUGUUCUUUGCUUUGCAAAAUGAAGGAAAAACUUUGAAAUGGUGGGGAACAGAAAUUGACCACUGUCCCUUGGCAACAUGUCCGACUGCACCUGGUAUUACAGUUGAAGGAUGUCCUGUGUUUACAUAGCGAGUUAGUCGUAAAAUGCAGAAGUGGCUUAGUUGUAGUAGGGAGAGGGGAAAUACAGCAGAGCAGGAAAAGAACUUGAAUAACUAGUCUUGUAUAUUUCCACAAGCUUCUUUAACACCAUCGAAAGCGAAAGCGAAGAUCUCUCUUUUCAUGCUCUAUAUGCUCCUGACUUAGUUUUACAAUGAUUGAAUGACCUACUAUGGGAAUUUGCAGUAUCCAAGUAUCACCAUAUUAUAUCAUCUUUGAUAUGUUUUCCUUAUGUCUAUCCUACUUGGGGAAUUUAUUGUUCUAACUGUACAGUUGAUGAAUGUAAACAAUAUGCAUCUAUAUUUAGUAGAGCUUGUCUUGAAUUUUGAUUCA